GCGCCUGCAGUACCAACCAGACAAGCUAAUUGGCAAAUCGCAGAAUAACCCGCCUUCCUCAGUCCUCUGAUUCUUCUCUGUCCAUCUCUGAUACGAAUCCCAAUCCAAUUGACCCAAUAGCCAUGUUGCCGCGCAAAUGCGCGACAUGGGUUCUUCUCUUCUUUCUGAUCUCUCCCACCCUCAUAAACUUAUCGACCUCCGCAUCGCCGUCCGAUCCCCGUUGGGCAGCUAAGAAGCGACGCCUCAGAGAUAAAGUCCGUAAGAUGUUUUAUCAUGCAUACGACAACUACAUGAUACAUGCAUUUCCGCAUGAUGAGCUAAAGCCACUGAGUAAAAGUUUCACUGACUCUCUUAGUGAACUUGGAAAUCUGAAGCUUGAACACCUACCACAAGGCUACAGUGGAUCGGCUCUGAGUCUUAUAGAAUCAUUGUCCAGCCUUGUCAUUAUGGGAAACAACACUGAAUUUGAAAGCGCAAUUAUUUGGCUUGCUGACAAUUUGAAGUUCAAUGUUGAUGUGAGGGUAAAUCUUUUUGAGUGCAACAUAAGAGUGCUUGGAGGACUUGUUUCUGCUCAUUUACUUGCAAGUGAUUCUUCAAACAGGCUGGGUCAAGGAGUUUACAAGAAUCAGCUGCUUACUUUGGCCGAGGACUUAGGGAAACGCUUCCUACCUGCAUUUAACACGCCGACGGGGUUGCCGUAUGCAUGGAUUAACUUAAAGUAUGGAGUGAUGGAGAAUGAGACUACUGAAACAAGCACUUCAGGAUGUGGUUCCCUAAUUCUGGAAAUGGGAGCAUUGUCCCGAUUGACUGGAGACCCCAAAUACGAAUCUGCAGCUUUACGUGCUCUUCGUAAAUUAUGGGGCAUGCGUAGUUCCUUGAAUCUACUUGGUACAACGCUGGAUGUAUCAACUGGGGAAUGGCUUGAGUACUCAUCUGGGAUUGGAGCUGGGGUUGAUUCAUUUUAUGAGUAUCUAUUUAAGGCCCACAUACUUUUCGGAAAGGAGGAGUUCUGGAGAAUGUUUCAUUCUGCUUAUAUUGCUGUGCAGAAAUAUUUCAGACAUGGUCCAUGGUACCAUGAAGCUGAUAUGAGGACAGGAAAAGCAACUUAUUGGCAGCUUACUAGCCUUCAGGCAUUUUGGCCUGGCCUACAGGUUCUUGUUGGCGAUAUUGCAGCCGCAAAUUCUUCACACCGUGAAUUUUUCCAUGUAUGGGAAAAGUUUGGAGUAAUACCAGAAAGGUAUUUGUUGGACCAUCAAAUGUUGCAUCCCACAGAAAAGUAUUAUCCUCUGCGCCCUGAAUUGGCUGAGUCAACGUUCUACUUGUAUCAAGCAACUAAAGACCCAUGGUACAUUGAAGUGGGGGAGUCAAUUGUAAAUUCUCUGAACUUAUACACAAAAGUGGAAGGAGGUUUUGCUAGCAUUAGAGAUGUCACAACUAUGCAGUUGGAAGAUCAUCAGCAUAGUUUCUUCCUUGCUGAGACGUGCAAGUAUCUAUUUCUUUUGUUCGACGAUUCAUUUUUGGUUGAACAAAACUAUAUUUUCACAACCGAGGGUCACCCCCUUCCAGUGUUGAGUAGUUGGCAUGACAGGCUUCCUGAGACUUACAUCCAUAGUAACCGGACUUCUCUCAAGGCCGGAAAUCAAGCACGACGGACAAGUGCAAUGUCUAUGCAAGUAUGUCCUACGACGAUGAAUUCGUGGGAAUGCGGCGGCCAACAAGCUGAGAGUGCUUGCCACGUCCCAGAUGCUCGUAGUGAUCACAGGUGUCUAACAGACGAUGAAUGUGGAGUUGACUCAACUAAUUGUAGACGAAGAUCGUGUAGCAUCGCUGGCUACUGCGGGCUAUGGUUGUUCAUAUGAUUCCAUGGAAGAAACCGGAGUUGUUUUCGGUGACAAACAAUAAACGUAAUUUCUGUAACUGGAAUAUCAGAGCAUAGGAACACACUAUGAGAAAGGGGAGAGAGGAUAGGAAUACAUGAUUUAGAAGUGAAUAGCAGAUUAUGCAAUUGAGUUACCCUUCAGAUUCUCAGAGCAAUGUACCAAAUUUUUGGGUGAUGAAGUUUUUUAGUUGGGAAAUAUACUUUUAUUCAGGAUAAAUAAGAUCCAUACAACGUA